CCUCCCCCAGAGCUCCUCUCCGAGCAGCAGCUCUCUUGGUGGUGGAACAUUAACUUGAAGCUAACUGAGCUUCUCCUCAGAAGCUCCACGCACGCACGCGCAGACAUGGCGAAGAAACUAUGUGGGACCAACUACCCGACCAGCAUCUGCUUCAUCGUGGUCAACGAGUUCUGCGAGCGGUUCUCCUACUACGGCAUGAAAGUCGUGCACACCCUCUAUUUCCUCACCUCUUUGGACUGGGACAUUGACCGGCACACAGCAGUGUACAACGCCUUCAAGAGCCUCUGCUAAUUCACUCAUAUCAUGAGUCUCAUCGCAGACUCUUGGCUGGGCAAAAAAA